CUUCAUUCUUCGGUCAAUCUAGUAUGGAAAGUAGACAACAAUGGCUUACCAGGCUGAAAAAUGAACUUAGCAACAGUCCUCUGGUAUCAAAUGUGGCGUUUGGCUUUAUCCUCAUGGGACUAGAGAAGCUGGUGGAACUGGAGUUUGAGUGUCCUUGCAACCCUACAUGGAACGGAGUGUUUUCAUCAGCCUUCUUCAUCAUUCCUGCCGUCAUGGCCUUCACUUUGAUGCUGAUCAUUCAAGGAUGCAGAUGUGAUGUGUGGUGCAGGAAAUCCGUUUCCCUCUCCAGUUUUGUUCCUGCUAUCGUGUGGCUGAUCUUGUUGUUCCUGGAUGGCCAAUACUUUGCUUGUGCUAUGACAGACUGGGAGGGCAGAUUUGUAAUAGUUGACAAGGCGGCUCCGCAGAAGUGGUGCGAGCCAAUUAGUGAGGGAGAUGCCUUACAAGAACUGAUGCUUCGCUCACAGCAGCUGUUUGUCUUUUCUCAGGUUAUAGGCAUAAUCCUCCUCAUUUUCAUCUGUGUGGGUCUAGUAGUGUAUGUAAUAAGAGAAAGUUGCCGACAAGAGAUGGAGAUGGAGGAUUCAGACGUAGCCGAGCUCACUGUGCUCAGGAUGAGCUCUCUACGGACCAGGACAUCAUGAGAGGUCUCAAAGCCCCUCCCACACCUGGCAUGGAAACUUUGUAAAUACUUUGAACAGACUUUACCAUUAGUGCCGUUAAAACUGUUUCCCCCUAUGGAGAUAGGUCCUGAACGGUCAAAAAUGCUGCCACAUGAAGAUAAUGUAAAUAUGGAUCUCAUUGAUAAGUGUUUCUGUUUUGUUUUUUAUAUUAUCAGUGAAUAUAUAACUAGUGUUGUGCCUGUGUUCAUCUCACUCAUACUUAAGUGCACCAACUUCAUCAUUCUUAUCUAUCUUAAAGGACAAGUAAGGUUCUUUGGGGAACAUGCUAAUUCAUUUACUUGCAUGUGGUUGGAUGAAAACAGCACCACUCUCAUCUGUCUGGUGAAUUUGAAGCUGGAGCCAGCAGCUGGUUAGCUUAGCAUAGCAUGAAGAAAGAAGAAAGGCGAACACAGCCAGCCUAUUUCUUUCCAAAGAUAACAAAAUCAGCUCACCAGCACCUCUUACAUGAAACUGCAGUGUUCUAUUAUUUGUUUAGUCCUCAGAAAAGCUCAUGGGUUUUAAAAUGACUCAUUUCAAAGGUGGUUGUAUUAGAAAGUGAGUAAAAGCUCCCUGCUUGAAGUGCUGAGUCCCCUCCCUUUACAGGUCUUGAAGCCAAGGUCAGCUAAUUGGCUACAGACUUUACUGUUGUGUCAUCUUUAAGUGGCAGAUAUGAGCUUGACGUUGGUUCUCUAUACAUCCAAAUCUUAGCAAAGAGACAAAUGAGCUAUCUCCUAUUAGGUCAGAAAAAUUAAAAGUGAUAUUCAACCUGGACGGGACAGGUUUUGAAUCACUUGUUAACAUGAUUAAUCAGCUUUUAGCUCUGAGAAACUGCUUCUCUGUUAUUGUUUUUUUCAAAUGUUGUACCUUUAAAUAGUACGUUAUUUUUUAUUCUGGAAGUUUUUUGUGCCUUUUGUAAACUCAAAAUUGAUGAUUGGAAUUCCCCCGGCAGCUAAUAUCUUGACUAAUAUUUGUUAAUUUUUACCUUUGUGUGUGUCCCAAACAUAUUUAAAGCUAACUUUCACGUGUAAUAAUAUAUAAUGUUUGUUUUUUUUCCCACCUUGGUUGCAAACCUCUCCAGACUUCCACAAAGUCAGAUCCCUCCACAUGUCCAAUCCCACCCAACAGUGAAAAUUCAGGUUAACCUGAAUUUUUAGUUAUGUACCCAUAUGACAUCCAGAAAUGUAAAGUCAGGUAUGUCCUGAUUUGUAUCAUGGCUGCAACCAGCUAACAGUAUGAUGUAAACAUAAA